UUCUCCACACAUAACUCUAACCGUUUUUUUUAAGUUUCUCUCAAUCUCUCUCAAAAAUCUCAGAUUCGGUAACAAUGUCGUCGACGAACGGAGUUGUUCGUAGCUGUUUAGGUUCAAUGGACGACAUCCGAAAAGUCUUCCAACGAUUCGACAAAAACGGCGACGGGAAAAUCUCAGUCGACGAGCUCAAAGAAGUGAUCCGCGCUCUCUCACCAACAGCGUCACCGGAAGAGACGGUAACGAUGAUGAAACAGUUCGAUCUCGACGGUAACGGAUUCAUAGAUCUGGACGAGUUCGUCGCUUUGUUCCAAAUCGGGAUCGGAGCCGGAGGUGGAGGUAAUAAUAAUCGGAACGAUGUUAGCGAUUUGAAGGAAGCGUUUGAGUUGUAUGAUCUUGAUGGUAACGGGAGGAUCUCGGCGAAAGAGCUUCACUCGGUGAUGAAGAAUCUGGGAGAGAAGUGUUCUGUUCAGGAUUGUAAGAAGAUGAUUAGUAAAGUUGAUACUGAUGGUGAUGGUUGUGUUAAUUUCGAUGAGUUUAAGAAGAUGAUGAGUCAUGGUGGAGCUUGAAUAUUUCGUAUUAUUAGCGAAUUUAAUUUUUUAGGUUUUGUAAUUAGGAGAUUAAGAUCUCUCUGGGUUAGUGACGGCGAUUAGGUUUUUUAUUUGUGUUUUUGCUAUAAAAAAACCCUAGAAAUUAAAAAAGGCAAAAUUCUCUAAAGGUCCAGAAGUUUCCAUUUCUUUUUUCUCUUUGUUUGUGGUGAUUGAUGAUGAUGAUCUUUGAUUAUUAACUACAGUAUAAGGCUGUUUCUAUC